CCCUUGUAUAUAUAGCUCUUCACUUCUUGAUGCCUUCCACCCUCAGACAGAAUUAGUCAUUGCCUUAGGUAAAUCCAGUCAAGUCCUCAAACCAAAUAGUCCAGAGCACAAAUCUCUUGCAAAAUUCUGAUGGCUUUGGUUCCGAGCAUCUUCGGCGGCCGGCGAAGCAAUAUCUUCGAUCCUUUCUCUCUCGACAUAUGGGAUCCGUUUGAGGGAUUUCCGUUCUCGAGGACUCUAGCCAACUUCCCCAGCGGCACUGAUCGUGAAACGGCUGUUUUUACUAACGCCAGGGUUGACUGGAGGGAGACCCCAGAAGCCCACAUCGUUCAGGCUGAUCUUCCUGGGCUUAAGAAAGAGGAGGUCAAAGUCGAGGUGGAAGAUGGUAGAAUCCUGAAGAUCAGCGGAGAGAGGAGCAGGGAGCAGGAGGAGAAGACUGACACUUGGCAUCGUGUGGAAAGGAGCAGCGGCAAGUUUAUCCGAAGCUUCAGGAUGCCGGAGAAUGCAAAGACAGAGGAAAUUAAGGCGAGCAUGGAGAAUGGCGUGCUGACCGUUACCGUGCCUAAAGUGGAGGAGAAGAAGCCUGAAGUUAAGGCCAUCAAAAUUUCUGGUUAAAAACUUUGAUGCAUAUGUACGUCGUGAGUUGUUUUCAUGUGGAUGGUACUGUAUCUUUUACCAUAAGAAAAAAUCCUGCUUUGAUGGGAGAGAGAAGGGGGGGUUGGACUUGGGGUUUGUAGAAUCAGCUUUUAUGUGCAUUCGCGUGCUCUGCCCUGUAAUGUUAAUUUGCUUUUAUUUAUUAUAUGGCUCUGAAUAUAUUAUCUUAGAACCAAUCAUUUUCUCUGA